AUGAAUUUACUACAAAAUAAAUCACCAUCAAUAUCAAAUUCUGAAUCGAAUAGUAUUUCAUCAUCAUCUCAAGCAAUACCUAAUCAACAAGUCCCGAAACUUGAUCAACGUCUUUGGCGUGCGAUAGAUUUUUUACAUAUUACUGAUAUGUUAUUUUCACUUUAUACAGCUAUUAUUGUUGCCAUAUUACGAAAUGAAUUACUUGAACAAUGUCCAUUGUAUGCUAAACUUUAUCUUCGUGAUAAUGCAACACAAUUUUCUACCGAUACAAUUGAUCGACAAAUAACUGAAUGGGGUAAUGUGUAUACAUGUGAAUUUGCAUCAUUUGCUUAUCUUUCUGCCUUUGUUGUUUCAUUUAUUUCACUUUGGGUUCAUAUUGUUUUUCGACGUGUUGUUCGAACAGAACGUUUACUUCGUUUACCUAUUGGAUUAUUAAUAUUAAUAUUUGCUUUAAUAACUUUUUCUGCAACAAUUAUUGUUACUGAUGGUGUUAUUAGAUUUUGUAUAAAUAGUCAAUCGAAUAUUUGUUCAUCAUCAGGUAUAGAUUUAUUUGCACAAUUUAGAUGGAAAAUUAUCAGUUUACCAGUUGGUGGAUGGUUAACUAGCUUAUCGAUAUUAUUAAAUACACUUGUUCGUGGUAUUCAAUUAUUUUCUAAACCAAAAAAAUCACCUGAAACAUUAAAAAAUCUUCUAACUCAAUUAAUGGCACAAAAACGACAACAUAAAAUUGAAAAAGAAGUUAGUGAAUAUGGUUCACAAAUCUCACAACCAAUAAUAAAUAGAAAUCAUUCUGGAUAUCCAACUGAUCAUAUUCAUAAUCGAGAAUUUUCUCCUGAACUUCAACCAUAUUAUCAUCCAUCAAUUCCACAAUAUCGUCAAAUAAAAAAACGUUCUCGAUUUCAACGUAUAUGUUGUCCAUGUUUUGGUCGUCGUCAAAAUCGUUCAUUUGAUAAUCCUUAUCAACCCUAUGUUGUUCCUGAAGAAUAUUUUCAACGAUUAAAUCAUCUUAAACAAAAUGGAAAUGUUCCAUCAAAUUUAUGUCAUCAUCAUUCAAUACAACAUCCUGUUGAACAACAAACACAAACAGAUACAAUUCCUCAACGAAAAAAUAGUGAUGAAUCAAAUGAGACGCCAUUUGUAGGACGACGUCGAAGUUCAGUUCGAUUUGAAGAUGAAACACCAUUAGUUAAAACUUCGAAUGAAACACCAGUAGUUAAAACUUCCAAUGAAAUAUCUAUUCCAAUUAUUAAAGAAGCAAAUGAACAAACAACAAGUCCAAUAGUUGAAAAUAAUCUAGACAGAAAUGUUUCAUUUCGUAAUAAUGAAGAUGAUCUAUGGACAACAGUUACAAUUAAUACACCACAAUCUAUACCUAUUCAAUCAAGUCAUUUCAAUAGAUUAUCCAUAGAGAAUUUAUCUCAUGUCAAUACAUCGAUAUCAAAUAGUGAUAAUGGUGUGACUGCUAUUUAUAUUAAUAGUGAACCUACUGAAUCUCCAUCAUCACAAAUGAUCGAAAAAACUAUUCCACCUCCACCACCACGACCAUUACAAAAAUUUGUUAAAUCUCCAAAAACUCGUUACAAACCACCAGCUCCACAAUUAUCUUUUAAAAUGACACGAAAUCGUCUUAAACCAUUACCACCACCACCACCAUCAUCAUCACGAACUCAUACAGCAUCAAGUGAAGAUGAUAUUGAUUUACGUAAAAUAAAACCCGUUGAAGAAAUAAAUACUUUAGUUGCAAAUAAAUAUAAUUAUGAUGAUGUAUCUCAAGCAUUAAAAUCUAAUGUUGAACGUUUAAAAAGUACAUUUAUUAAUGCACAAGAAAAUCAAACUAUUUAUGAUACACCAAAAAAUAUUCGAUCAACAUUACAACAACAUUCUUCAAGUGAUUGUUAA